GCAGUACUCUGUUUUGUUUUGGGAUAUGUUGUCGUUUUGUGCACCCAAGAAGGCGAAUGCAUCAAUCUUAAGAACCCUAAUUGAUUCCUCUCCCUUUCCAGCGAUUGACACUUUGAAUCACUCUCCAAAAAGCUAAGCCCAAGAAAGAGCUGAAUCUGUGGGGAAUUGAUUAUUGGCUUAUGGAUCACGGAGGUGGCGGCGUUCCGGUGAUCGACUUGCAGAACUUUCCGGAGGAGGCCGAGAAGCUGAUCCGAGCCUGCGAAGAAUGGGGCUGUUUCAGAGUCAUCAACCAUGGUGUUCCCGCAGGCUUGAUGGGCGAGAUCAAGCUGGUGGCGGAGUCUCUUCACGAGCUUCCGCCGGCGACCAAACGGCGCAAUGGCACCGACAUUUUUGAAGGGUACAUACCUCCGAGCAAUGUGAAUCCUUUCUUUGAGGGCUUAGGGUUUUACGACACCGCCGGUAAUGGCGGUCCGGUGGUGGAUGAUUUCUGCUCUCGGCUUGAUGCUUCUUCCCAGCAAAGGGAGACAAUAAAGAAGUACUUCCAGGCCACCCAUGAACUGGCCCUGGACAUUGGGAAGAAGCUAGCGGAAAGCUUGGGGCUGGGCAGUGAUUUAUGCAAUGGCUGGGCAUGCCAAUUCUGGCUUAACAAAUACCACUUCACUCCCCAAACCCUAGGAGAAACUGGAGUCAGAAUCCACACAGACUUGGGAUUUCUCACCAUUUUACAAGAAGAUGACAAGGUUGGUGGCCUUGAGCUGGCCGCCAAGGACUCUGGCGAGUUUAUGGCCGUCGACCCCUUGCCCGGCAGCCUCUUCAUCAACCUCGGGGACCUCGCUAAGGUGUGGAGCAACGGGAGACUGCACAACGUGAAGCACCGGGUGCAAUGCAAAGAGCCGUCAACCCGGUUUUCGAUUACUCUCUUUGUGGUCGGGCCAAUGGAGGAGGCCGUGCAAGCGCCACCGGAAAUGGUGGAUUCCGGCCACCCUGCCCUCUACCGGCCGUUCACCUUUGAAGAAUAUAGAAAAAUUCGUCUCUCCACCGGCUUGAAAAAUGGUGAAGCUCUUGAGUUCUUCCGGGCCGCCGCCAAUUGAGGGUUUUUCUUUAGCCGCAAUGUAUCUGGCACCCAUCUCGUUACUGGCUUGUGUUUGUACCCUAAAAUUUAAACUUGUUUAUUUCAUUCUCUUGUUUGGCCUUGAAAUUGCUAAGAUUCAAUACAAAUUUUCAGUUGGUAAUGCA